CCAUAAGUUUAGAGUCAACAUAAAACAAUCAUACGUGAUUUAUACGUAACUUAGCCGUAUCGUAUUUUACUAACUCCGUACUAUUGGUUUAACAACCACCCACCCCUAAAAAAAAAUAAAAACCACGUUUUUUAAUUUUUGUUUUUAUGAAUUUAACAACCAUACUUGCAGGCGCAGCCUCUUCUUCUUCAGAGAAUCACAUGUCAGAUUUUGCACAGUGUUGUUGAUGUGCAUCGCCCCCUCAACUCCGUUCAUUCAAACUCUUCCAGUCCCACAAAUCGCACCAGAUAUUUUCCCACUGUUUCCUUCCAAUUCAAUCACUGACCACCCAAACUACAAUCACUAUUCUUCUUCCCUCUCUCCUGUUCAUUUCCCUCUUCCCCCUUCUGUAAAAACCUAUGGACUCUUCCUUCCCCAACUGAAUUGAAAUUGAGUUCAUCUGUGGGUCCGUCCGUGUUCUGUGGGCUGUAAUUCGAGAUUAUCUUGAAGAAAGGCUUCAGCUUUGAGUUGCUUGCGCACCCGCGAAACCAACCUGUCACAUGGGAUUGGCGCUAAUCACCGACGAAGGCAGGAUUGCGAGGAAGACUUCGAACUUGGGGAGCUCUUCAUGGAACCACCGCAACUGGGUUUGAUCGAGCAGUCCUUCAAUAGCAGGUACUCCAACUGGGCACGCGAGGCGCUCGACGAAUUGCCUGACAACUUCACCAUCACCGAUCCUUGCAUUUCGGGCCACCCAAUCGUGUUCGCCAGCGGGGGCUUUCUCAAGAUGUCUGGUUACUCGCGCGACCAAGUGAUUGGGAGGAACGGCAGGAUUUUCCAAGGCCAUAACACUUGCAGAAGGUCGGUCAUGGAGAUUCGGGAGGCGAUUCGGGAGGAGCGCGGGGUGGAGAUCAAUUUGUUGAAUUAUCGGAAAGACGGAACGCCCUUCUGGAUGUUGUUUCGGAUGACGCCGGUCUUUGGUAAGGAUGAGGGCCGGGUGAUUCAUUUCGUCGCCGUUCAGGUUCCCAUCCUGCGCCGGAGGCAGCGGAGGGGAAAUGGGGAGAGAUUUUGUGACGGGAUUUGGUCUAAUUCCUGCAGAAGGGAAGUCUGCUCCAGUUCAUCGGUGGAAUUGGCUGGAGUUUCAGAGGCGGAUUCCGGCUGUAGAGCACUUGAGGUCGAACAACAAUGCAAGGCAAGCGACACAGAGAAGCAAAUAGCUGCAACUGCUAUUAGAAACGUGUUGUCCGUGCUAACCCACUACAGCGAAUUAACCGGAAGAUUGGUGUGUGAGAAGAGAUUUGGUCCCAGCCUUGUCAGUUCAUCUUUACAUAUCUCUCUUGGUAGAAUCAAACAAAGCUUUGUAUUGAUGGAUCCACACAUGCCGGAGAUCCCUAUUGUUUAUGUUAGUGAUACCUUCUUAAGAAUGACGGGGUAUGCUCAAAAUGAAGUUAUAGGGAAAAACUAUAGUUUCUUAACUGGUGUUGAUACAGAUCCCUCGGCUCUACAUCAGAUAGAGCUAAGUAUCCAAGCUCAACAAGCAUGCUCAGUACGUAUUUUACAUUACAGGAAGGAUAAGAGCUCCUUUUGGAAUCUUCUGCACAUUUCACCAGUUCGUAAUGCUACUGGCAAGAUAGCGUACUUUGUGGGUGUCCAGAUCGAAGAAGGCAGUUUGGACCGACAUGGAUUGAGUCCUGAGAUGAGGCAGCUGAGCGUCGUUGGAUCAAUCAAGGUGGCCGUGAGGAGUUCAUCAAUGUCAUCUUCUUCCUCCAAAUCAUCAUAGCUUUCAAUGGAUCAAUACACCAGCGCAGAGAGAGAGAGAAUCCUCUCGCUGUAGCAGAGCAAUCCUUACACUAUGUUUGGGAAGGGUUGUAAAUGGAAGGGGGUGCAAAACGUGAGCGUAAAUUCACUGUUUCGGCUUACCCCCAAAUUGGGGUGCAAGAGAAGGAAGGGAGGGGAAGGGGGAGGAGGAGGGGAAUUAUGAAUUUUUAAUUAGAUUAUAAUUACAUAAUAAUUAAUAUUAUUAAUUUUUUCUUAUAUCUAUACUGGUGUAGAAGUUGUUUGGGGUUGACCGUUUGACUCAGAGAGCAAGUUUGUCAAUGUUCGCCUCGUCAAAUCGAUAUCUCUUAGUUGACCCGAAUUUGCAUUGAAAAUUAGAGAUAAGAAGCGUUUGUUGAAAAGAUAGAGAGGAACAGUUUAGUUAACUCGAUUUACUUUAAUAAGUAGUUAAAACUUAC